UCGCUGCCGAAUAUCGUAAAAAAAGCUAACCAACACGAUACACGAACCUCCACUUCAGCAAAUUCGGCAGGCAAGGUGCUCCUCUGCCACUGCUGCAUUAAUAUACAAAGUAUUAAUCCAUUAUAAGAAAAAAACCUAACCAUCCUCCACAAACAUGACUGAAGUCGAAAAAGUAGCCGAAGCUGUUGAAGCAAUUACCCUAAACGGAGUCGAAGCCGAUGAUGACUUUGUUGAUCCAUGGAAUGUAACCAGUAAAAGUGACACUGGCAUCGAUUAUGACAAACUUAUUAAAAGAUUUGGUUCAUCAAAAAUCGAUGAUGCACUUAUUGAAAAGUUUGAAAAAGUUACUGGCAAACCUGCACAUCACUUCAUUCGACGUGGCAUCUUCUUUUCUCAUCGGGAUCUUCAUAACAUUCUUAAUUUGAAGGAACAAGGCAAGCCGUUUUAUCUUUAUACUGGACGUGGUCCAAGUUCUGAUUCAUUACAUUUGGGUCAUCUAAUUCCUUUUAUUAUUACAAAAUGGCUGCAGGAGACAUUCGAUGUUCCUUUGGUUAUUCAAUUGACUGAUGACGAGAAAGUGUUGUGGAAGGAUUUGAAAAUCGAAGAUGCCAUCAAAAUGGCGAGAGAAAAUGCUAAGGAUAUCAUUGCUAUCGGAUUCGAUGUGAAUAAAACAUUCAUUUUUAAUAAUUUGGAGUUUAUGGGAAAAUGUCCAGCAAUGUACCAGAACAUCAUUCGUAUACAAAGGUGUGUUACCUUUAAUCAAGUUAAAGGAAUCUUCGGCUUUGGUGAUUCAGACAUAAUUGGAAAAAUAGGUUUUCCAGCGGCACAAGCAGCACCAGCUCUCUCUUCGACUUUCCCCUUUAUAUUUGGUGACAAAAAAGUACCAGUACUUAUUCCAUGUGCCAUUGAUCAGGACCCAUAUUUCCGAAUGACACGUGAUGUUGCACCUCGUUUAGGUUUUCCAAAAUGUGCUCUCAUCCAUUCGGCAUUUUUCCCUUCGUUGCAAGGAGCAAAAUCUAAAAUGUCUGCUAGUGAACAAAAUUCAACACUAUCUCUGACUGACACUGCGAAACAAAUCAAAAACAAAAUCAACAAAUACGCAUUUUCCGGUGGUCGAGCUACAGUGGAAGAGCAUCGCAAGUUGGGCGGUAUUCCUGAUGUAGAUGUUGCAUAUCAAUUGCUAAAAUUCUUUUUGGAGGAUGAUGCAAAAUUAGAAGAAAUACGAGUUGCUUACAGCAAAGGCGAAUUACUUACUGGGGAAAUCAAAAAGUUGGCAAUUGAGACUAUAACACCAAUAGUUGAAGAUCAUCAGACAAAGAGAAAAGCCGUUACGGAUGAAGUUUUGGAUCAGUUCAUGGAAAUCAGACAGCUCAAGUUUGGAAGUUAAAAAAAUCAAAAGUCGCUCGCAUGUAAUGCAAAAUUAUUGAAAAUCUUGCAUUUUUGUAUGCAAAAUGUUUAUUUUUAUAAAAAUAAUUUCCAUUUAUUUAUUACAUCUCA